AUGGGACACGAGGACAUUGUGUCUCUUCUUUUGGAGCAACCGACGGUUGCCCCGGAUUGCAAAUCUGCCGCUUAUUAUGGCCACACAAAAUGUGUAAGGCUCCUGCUCGAUCAUGCACAAAGGAGCUAUAGGGAUGAAAAGGGCGGAAACGUCGCAUGCAUUGCUGCCUUGGCUGGAGCAACCGAAGUUCUCGAAGAGCUGAUAAAAUGGUCAGACAUCGAGUUCGAUCCUACAACAGGUGUUGAGGGUGUUUCGACUUUGGAGGCGGCACUCAAAGCUCAAAGUGAGGAGGCUGCUCUGAUUCUGAUACCUUAUUCCGACGCCAAUCCCGUGUACUCAUGUGGUGACAGACCAUUGAACCUCGCUGCUAAAGUCAAGUCCAUCGAAUCCGUCCGGCUACUCUUUUCUCAGAAUAUAUCUGUCAAUGCAAGAGGAAUACACGGCCACACAGCUCUUCACAACGCUGCUGUCAUGAGAAAUGAGGACAUGAUAGAUCUGAUCCUUAGCCAUCCUGAUAUCGAUAUAAGCAUUUGCGACAACGAUGGCAACACGCCUCUUAUGGCGUUUCUACAAUGUCCAUUAGGUAUGAAGAGAGUGACGUUGAGGUCAUCAAAGAUGUUUUUAUCAAGUUCCGAGCUGGAUAUCAAUGCACAGAAUCCGUCAGGCGACACAGCUCUUCUCAUAGCUGCGUCUAUGGAAGGCCGAUACUAUCCAGAAGAGGAUGAAGACAUAUUCAUGGCUUUUUUAAAAUCAUGCCGGUGUACACAAAGAGCACAAAAACAAGCGUGGUCAAACAACCCUAACCAUUGCUAUUCUGGCAGGCUCACAGAGGGUUCAAACCAUUGUGGAGGAAACGCAUCUGUCAUAUCAAUUCAGCGAGGUCGACGAUGA